UAUUUCAAAAAAAAAAAAAAAUUUCAGAGACACUUUGAUCUCGCAAUUAUCGAAUUAGGGUUUUCAGAGAAAUGAGUUUCCCAAACAAGGAUGAGAAGAACAACAAGGGCUUCUUCGCCGCCAUGAGUUCCGGCCUCUCCGUCUUCGGCAGCGCCAUGCACCGAUCCGUUGGCGGGAUGCUUGGUUAUGAAGGGGUGGAAGUUAUAAAUCCAGAGGGAGGCAAAGAAGAUGCAGAGGAGGAAGCUCAACGUGGAAGAUGGAAGCAGGAGGAACGAGACAGUUACUGGAAGAUGAUGCAAAAGUAUAUAGGUUCAGAUAUAACAUCAAUGGUGACUCUUCCUGUAUAUAUUUUUGAGCCAAUGACAAUGCUGCAGAAAAUGGCAGAGCUGAUGGAAUAUUCACACUUGUUGGAUCGCGCUGAUGAAUGUGAGGAUCCUUAUAUGCGGUUGGUGUACUCCACUUCAUGGGCUAUAUCUGUCUACUACGCCUACCAGCGAACAUGGAAACCAUUUAAUCCUAUACUUGGGGAGACUUAUGAGAUGGUUAAUCACUGUGGGAUUACAUUCGUUGCAGAGCAGGUCAGUCAUCAUCCACCAAUGAGUGCUGCUCAUGGUGAAAAUGAGCAUUUCACUUAUGAUGUGACGUCAAAGCUGAAAACUAAAUUUUUAGGGAACUCUCUUGAUGUUUACCCUGUUGGAAGAACCCGAGUGACUCUUAAAAGAGAUGGUGUAGUCUUAGAUUUAGUGCCACCUCCCACAAAGGUAAACAACUUGAUAUUCGGACGGACUUGGGUUGAUUCACCUGGAGAGAUGAUCAUGACAAAUCUGACAACUGGGGACAAAGCUGUGCUAUGUUUCCAGCCUUGUGGCUGGUUUGGAGCUGGUCGUUAUGAAGUGGAUGGAUAUGUUUAUAAUUCUGCUGAGGAACCUAAGAUAUUGAUGACUGGGAAAUGGAAUGAAUCCAUGAAUUAUCAACCUUGUGACAUGGAAGGGGAACCCCUUCCAGGAACAGAAUUAAAAGAGGUUUGGCAUAUUGCCGAUGUUCCGGAGAAUGACAAAUUUCAGUACACAUACUUUGCACAUAAAAUAAAUAGCUUUAACACUGCUCCUAAAAAGUUGUUGGCAUCGGACUCGCGUUUGCGCCCUGAUAGAUAUGCACUUGAGAACGGCGAUCUAUCCAAAGCAGGUGCAGAGAAGAGCAGAUUGGAGGAGAGGCAGAGAGCUGAAAAGAAAGAACGAGAAGCAAAGGAACAAAAGUUUACACCAAGAUGGUUCGAAUUAACUGAGGAGGUUACACCUACACCGUGGGGUGACUUGGAAGUCUAUCAGUAUAACAGUAAAUACACUCAACACCGUGCUGCAAUUGAUAGCUCUGACUCUGUUGAUGGGGUUGAUGUGAAAUCAAUUGACUUCAACCCAUGGCAGUAUGGCAAUGUGUCCGCAGAAUGAGGUAUACCCCGUUUUGUGUUAGCUUGUUUGAUUGUGAUACUGGCCCAUUUGACUUUUUGGUUUGUGGAAGCAGUUGUUGUCAUGUGUACAUUGUAUCCCAUUCCAGAGUCCAUCCUAGAUAGCUAGCUUUGUUCCUUCUCCCUACCCCAAAUCUCUGUUUGUUACUGAUAUCUCUCAUAGUUUAGAGAAAGGCAAUGAAAUGGAAAAAAGUUUAAAGAGUUUGUUUGGUUAA